CAGCUCUCGCCUCAAACUCGACGCAUUCCUCUGGCGCUGGGCGCACCGGCAUUUUCACACGUACAGGAUGGCUCCUUCGGAACCUCAGAGCCGUACCUCGACCCCUCGGUCAUUUACGAACCAGACUGUGUCUGCUGAGGACCUACUCAAGUCGCAGACAGUCGGUCUGGUUAACCUGUCCGAUUUUCGCAAACGUCGCGCAGAGGUCCUGGAGCAGAAAGAACGCGAAGCACAUGACAAGUCGCUUGGGAGAUUAGCAUCUGCAUCUGGUAACUCGAGAAGUGCAACCCCAUCGAGUGAUGUGACUGACGGGACGUCGACGCCGCAAAGUGAGGGUCCUCCGAAGAAGAAGAAGAAGAAGGCACUCGUGAAGAGUAAGCUGUCUUUCGUUGAUGGUGAUGAUGAAAAUGACGAGACGGGCGAUGAUGGCUCCGCUGCGACUCCGCGCGAUUCAAGUAUCGCACGCUCUACCUCGAAGACACCAGUAGAAGACAGCUCCGGAGCUUCGUCAAGACGGAUUACUCCAAACCCCAACGCUCCUCCUCCUCCCAAAGCAAUGACGAAAGCUGCGCUGGAAGCGGAGGCGAAGGCACGGGAUGCUCUUCGCAAAGAGUUUCUGGCAAUGCAAGAAGCGAUCAAGAAUACAGAGAUAUUGAUCCCAUUUAUUUUCUACGACGGUACCAACAUACCUGCUGGAAUGGUCAAAGUCAAGAAAGGUGACCCGGUCUGGCUUUUCCUUGACAAAUGCCGGAAGGUAGGAGCCGAAUUAGGCGUCGGAGGUGCGAGUGGAGCUACCAGGGGUCGAAGAGACAAUCGUCGAGAAUGGGCUAGAGUCAGUGUUGAUGACCUGAUGCUUGUCAAGGGCGAUGUAAUUAUUCCUCCUCAUUAUGAGUUCUAUUACUUCAUAGUCAACAGAGUCCCUAAUUUUACACGAGCUGGUGGGUUGCUGUUUGACUACUCCGACAAGCCGCCUUCUGCAACUCCUGAAGGGACUCUUUUGUCUCGCCCGUCAGAUGACAACCUCGAGGGUGCGGACAAGGAUCCCACAAUGACAAAGGUAGUUGAUAGACGUUGGUAUGAGAAGAACAAGCAUAUUUUCCCUGCCAGUCUGUGGCAGGAGUAUGAGCCAGGAAAGGAGUUUGAGGAGAAGAUGAGCACCUCACGGCGAGAUGCGCAAGGCAACGUUUUCUUUUUCUAAAGGCCUUUGUAAAUCUACAAAGGACCAAGUGUGCUAUAGAUUGGUGGGCUUUACACAGGUUUGUGACUUUGUAUUAUCAUAAUUGGGGAUGCAUGUAUGUUCUUCCUAGCGAUAUCCCGGUUAUAAUGGCGUUCAUAAUUUUGUGAUUAGAACUUCUAAAUAUGAUAAUGACAAGCAUAAUGCAUUCUUA